AUGUCUUCGCGCGACGACUCCUCUCUGGGCGCUUCGCCGCCGUCCUUCGACUCGCACCCCGUCCUCGGCGCCACUCCUCCCCCGACAUACGCCGCCUUCUCGCCCGUCACGCUCUCGGCGACGACUCCCUCCAGGAACAGCCGGCGAUCCACCGUCCUGGUCCAUCAGAAGAGCCCGCUGCUCCUAGCCACCCCUCCGCAGAUCACACGCGCACUCGCCUACAGCCAUCCUUUUUUGCUGCCGCUCAAUACCUUUGUCGGGCUGCUGACAUGGAGCACCGGGGACCCCUGGCAGAGCUUCCUGCUGCUGUCUGCGUUUUGGGCCAUUGUUCUGUAUGGCGAUGUGGUGCUCAUGCGAGCCGGUCCCAUCGUCGUUGGCAUGGGGCUGAUAGCGGGCAUGUAUGGCCGACGAUAUAGCCCCUUGAGCACCAGUGGCUGGACUGAGCCAUCCCGGGUCACCAAAGAUGCUGCUGCCUCCAAAAAGGCUGGAGCCACUGGUGGUAGUCAUCUGGAGGAGACACCCAACGGAAAGCAGCCAGGCCAUGCGAGAGCCAGAUCCGAAAUCACCAGUACCAAACAUCAGAAGACGCUGGAUGAAAUUGUCGAUACACUUAAGGAGUUUACUGGCAGAUGCAAUGUUCUGAUGGAUCCUCUUCUCGAGAUGACCGACUUCCUAAGCACACAGCGAACCCCUACCAGCGCAACCACCCGGCCAGCCCUUACGGCCAUGUUUAUGCGGCUUCUUAUUGUGACGCCCUUUUGGGUCGCUUUGACCAUGUCUCCAUUUAGAAUCAUUACAACGAGACGCAUCGUGCUACUGGCUGGAACGCUUGUUUUGACAUGGCAUGCUAGAGUGAUGCGAGUUUCUAGAACUAUUCUUUGGAGGAGCGCAACUGUUCGAAAGCUUGCUGGCGCCAUCACUGGCCUCCACUUUGAAAGCCCUCCCAAAUUGACGUUUGCCAAAGGCAGCACAAAGGAAAAAGAAUCGCAAAUGAGCAAGGCAUCUUUUCUAGGAUCUUCUACUUUGCAAGUGAGCCGUCGUCGAAACGGUGCCGCAAACGGCGGUAAGAGCGCCGGCGUGAAAUUCACGUUUAUCAUAUACGAAAAUCAGCGACGGUGGAUCGGCUUGGGGUGGACAUCUAGUCUCUUUGCAUACGAACGGCCUGCAUGGACAGACGAACACAACAACGCGGUCCCCCAACGAGACGAGUUUGAACUUCCAGAAGUCGAGGAUGGAAGCCGAAUGCGGUGGCGGUGGGUGGAAGGCAGCCGCUGGCGAGUAGAUGGCGUGGCUGAUGAGCAAGUGGCGGUGGAUUACGAUGGUCCCGAGGGCACAAAUGGGUGGAUUUACUACGAUAACAAGGUAUCUACUUCCUAUCUACUUCCUCUAUGGCAGAAUGGACGGCGGGGAUUGGAUGGCUGGGGUCGGUGGACGCGCCGCAGAAAGUGGUACCGAGAUGCUGAACUGGUGGAAGUGGAUGAGUCUCAGCUGCCUCAUGAGCUUGAAGCCACAGAAUCUUCAUCUUCUACCCUUCAUACAACGUCCUACAGCACUGCAAACGAAAAGAUGCGAGCCGAACCGGUGAUUGUUGAGCCGGAUGAAGGCCAAGACCAAGUUCCAGAUGAGCUGGGCACAAAGGUCGCAGACGAUGCCGCAUCACUACAUUCAACGUCAUCACGAUUCUGGCCAACAUUGAGACGACGCACUACGAACCAAUCAGGCGAUAGUCUCCGCCUGGACAGUCAGAAGCAAGAGAAACGCCGAAGCGGCAGCCAGAGGCCGCGGAGGACGAGCGACGUGGCUAGCGACAUCGCCGUGGAAGACGAUCCUAGUAGAUUAGGCUUCUCAGUUGCUCUUGAGCUGCAAAAGCAAGGCAAAGAGGGCGGCCAGUGGGGAAUCGGUGAUGAAGCACGUAUGAGUUUGGAAUGA